AUGACUGGGGAGCUGCAGGUGAAGGCCAGCAGUGCGCGGGUGCUGAUGGACAGUUGUGGGAUUUUUGCCUGUGCCAUGACCAGCAAAGCAGAGAAGAAGCGGCGAGUCAGUAACCGGCAGAGCAGCCGAGGCGGCAGCAGGACAGGACAGAAGGCUCAGGCGGAGCUGGCGACCCCGGUGGGCCCUGCGGAGGGAACCUUGUCUGUGGAGCAGGAGCAGGAACCUGAACCCGAGCCUCCCAAAGAGGAGCCUGACCCGCUGAAGCUAGAGGGGCCUCAAACACUUCUUGAAGAACAGCUGGAGAUUGUUGAGGGGGAUGUGAAGCCGCUCUUCAUCGCUCAAGCUUCGCUGACAGGGCUGGCGGAUGCCACGUGGACGGAAGAGCAUGAUGCCGUUCUGGAGGACUUUGCUCAGGACCCCUCACAGCCCAUUCUCACGAUCUAUAUUGACCCUUAUUGUGGUCUGAAUUUAGAUUUGGGCAUGCCGGUGCAGACCCAGAACCAGAUUGUCUACUUCAUUCGUAAUGCACCAGUUUCCAUAACUCCAGAGAACUUUCAAACGACUGUGCAGUUUGGGACAGUGAAGGGCGCUUACAUUCCAGCCCUGCUUCGGCUGCUCAGUGGCAUCUUUGUCCCUCAGAUCUUUGCAAACACCACCUGGCCUGAGAGCAUUCGAAACCAUUUUGCGUCUCAUCUGCACAGGUUCUUGGCCUGUCUAACAGACACUCGGUACAAACUGGAAGGACACACAGUUCUCUACAUACCCACAGAAGGCAUGAAUAUGAAGCCUGAGGUGGUGGUGAAGGACAAGGAGCUGGUUCAGCGGCUGGAGACCUCCAUGAUCCACUGGACCCGGCAGAUCAAAGAGGUACUUAGUGCUCAGGAGACUGUGGAGACAGGAGAAAAUUUGGGUCCUCUGGAGGAGAUUGAGUUCUGGCGUAACCGAUGUAUGGACCUGUCUGGCAUCAGUAAGCAGCUGGUGAAGGAAGGAGUCAAACACAUCGAGAACAUUCUGCACCUUGCCAAGUCAUCCUACUUAGCCCCCUUUACGAAGCUGGCCCAGCAAAUCCAGGAUGGUUCUCAUCAAGCACAGUCAAACCUGACCUUUUUGUCAAUCUUGAAGGAACCUUACCAGGAAUUGGCUUUCAUGCAGCCUAAGGACAUUUCUAAUAAACUCCCCAAGUUGAUCAGCCUCAUCCGUAUCAUCUGGGUCAACUCUCCCUACUACAAUACUCGGGAGAGGCUCACCUCACUCUUCCGAAAGGUCUGUGACUGUCAGUACCGCUUUGCCCGCUGGGAAGAUGGCAAGCAGGGCCCCCUUCCUUGCUUCUUUGGUGCCCAAGGGCCACAGAUAACACGAAACAUGCUGGAAAUUGAGGACAUCUUUUCUAAACACCUGCACGUGCUGCGGGCCGUUGGAGGGGGCAUCCUGGAUGUCAAGAACACAUCUUGGCAUGAUGACUACAAUAAAUUCCGUGCUGGAGUCAAGGACCUGGAGGUGAUGACGCAGAAUUUGAUCACCUCGGCCUUUGAGCUGGUGCGCGACGUGGAGCAUGGCGUUCUGCUGCUGGACACUUUCCACAGGCUUGCGACCCGUGAGGCUAUAAAGCGAACCUAUGACAAAAAGGCGGUGGAUCUCUACAUGCUGUUCAACAAUGAACUGGCCCUGGUAAACCGUGAGUUAAACAAGAAAUUGCCGCAGCUGGAGCCCUACAUGCCCCAUUAUUCCGGCCACGCACACUCAGUGAGGAUCCUUCGGCGGCGCCUUGAUAGAGUAAUGAAUUGUCUCUCUAGUGCUCACUUCCUGCCCCAUAUUGGCACUGGGGAGGAGAGUGUUCACACCUACCAGCAGAUGGUUCAGGCCAUUGACGAACUGGUUCGAAGAACCUUUGAAGAGUGGACGACAACCCUGGACAAGGAUUGCAUCCGGCGGCUGGACACCCCGUUGUUACGCAUCAGCCUGGAGAAGGCAGGCAUGCUGGACGUCAACUUUGACAAGUUCCUGCAGAUUCUCUUUGUGGAGAUUGAUUACUGGGAGCGGCUGCUGUUUGAAAUACCCCAUUAUGUGGUGAAUGUGGCUGAGCGGGCUGAGGAUCUGCGAAUUCUUCGGGAAAACCUGCUGCUUGUGGCUCGAGACUACAAUAGGAUUAUUGCCAUGCUAUCCCCAGAUGAGCAGGCCCUAUUCAAAGAGCGUAUCCGAUUCCUGGAUAAGAAGAUACACCCUGGACUCAAGAAACUACAUUGGGUUUUGAAGGGGGCCAGUGCCUUCUUCAUUACAGAGUGUCGCAUUCAUGCCAGCAAGGUGCAGAUGAUCAUGAAUGAGUUCAAGUCAUCGACCCUCACUAUUGGCUGGCGAGCCCAGGAGAUGUCGGAGACGCUGCUGGUACGCAUUAGUGGCAAGCGUGUGUACCGGGACCUGGAAUUUGAGGAGGACCAGAAGGAGCACCGGGAAGCUGUGCUGCAGAAACUGAUGAGUCUGCACCAGGAUGUGGUUGACAUCAUGAUUAACUCCUAUGAAGUCUUCAAGAACGACGGUCCUGAGAUUCAGCAGCAGUGGAUGCAGUACACAGUGCGCUUGGAUCACAUGAUAGAGGAUGCCCUCCGCCUGAAUGUGAAGUGGUCGCUGCUAGAGCUGUCCAAAGCCAUCAAUGGAGAUGGAAAGACCACCCCAAACCCGCUCUUCCGCAUUCUUGUUAUUCUACAGAAUGAUAUACAAGGGGGUGUGACACAGGUGGAAUUCUCACCCACUCUGCAGAUGCUGGCAGAUGUCGUUAAUAACAUUGGCAGCCACCUUAUCUCCACCAUCUCUGUCUUCCGCCAUCUCCCUGACAUUCUCAUCAAGUGCAAGUUUAAUCGUGAACCUAUCCAUGCACUUGUGGAGCGAGAUGAGGACAUCAAGAAGAUCCAGGCCCAGAUCAGCAGUGGCAUGACCGCCAAUGCAGCCCUGCUGCAGAACUACCUCAAGACCUGGGAUAUGUAUCGGGAGAUCUGGGAGAUCAACAAGGAUUCCUUCAUUCGUCGCUACCAGCGUCUCAAUCCCCCUGUCUCGUCCUUUGAUGCCGACAUCGCCCGUUACACAGAGGUUGCCAAUAAUGUGCAGAAGGAGGAGACGGUCCUCAACAUCCAGUUUGUGCUGCUAGACUGUUCGCAUCUCAAGUUCUCACUGGUGCAGCACUGCAACGAGUGGCAGAACAAGUUCACGACUCUGCUGAAGGAGAUGGCGGCUGGGCGCCUGCUGGAGCUGCACACCUACCUGAAGGAGAAUGCGGAGAAAAUCAGCCGCCUGCCCCAAACGCUGGAGGAACUGGGGAAGAGUCUGCACCUCAUGGAAACCCUGCAGAAUGACUUACCUAGUCUAGAAACCCAGAUCCCCCCCAUUCAUGAACAAUUCUCCAUCCUUGAAAAGUAUGAAGUGCCAGUUCAGGAGAGUGUAUUGGAGAUGCUUGACAGUCUGAAUGGUGAGUGGGUCACUUUUCAACAAGUUCUGUUGGACAGUGAACAAAUGCUGAAGAGACACAAGGAAAAAUUCAAGACAGGCCUUAUUCACUCAGCUGAUGAUUUUAAGAAGAAAGCACAUAAUCUCCUGGAAGAUUUCGAAUCCAAAGGUUCUCCCUUCUCAACCUGUCUACUUUCUUUAGGUUUUUUGGAGCUUGAUGCUAUCCAGCAAGUGUGGGAGAUCACAUGGGACUGGGAGGAGAACUGGAGCCAAUGGAAGACUGGCCGGUUCCUGACUCUCCAGACAGAGGCUAUGGAAACCAUGGCCCAUGGGCUUUUCCGGCGCCUCACAAGACUAGCAAAAGAGUAUAAGGACCGAAACUGGGAAAUUAUUGAAACGACUAGAUCAAAAAUAGAGCAGUUCAAGAGGACCAUGCCUCUCAUCUCAGACCUGCGGAACCCGGCCCUUCGGGAGAGGCACUGGGAUCAGAUCAGAGAUGAGAUCCAGCGGGAGUUUGACCAGGAAUCGGACAGCUUCACCUUGGAGCAGAUUGUGGAGCUUGGGAUGGAUCAGCAUGUUGAUAAAAUUGGAGAGAUCUCUGCCUCAGCAACCAAAGAAUUGGCCAUAGAGUUGGCACUACAGAACAUUGCAAAGACUUGGGAUUUGACCCAGCUAGACAUAGUGCCCUACAAGGAUAAAGGCCAUCACCGACUCAGAGGCACAGAAGACGUAUUCCAGGCACUGGAGGAUAACCAGGUGUCUCUGUCCAACAUGAAGGCAUCUCGUUUUUUCAAAGCCUUUGAGAAGGAGGUGGACCACUGGGAACGCUGUCUCUCCCUUAUUUUGGAAGUUAUUGAGACGAUGCUUACAGUGCAGCGUCAGUGGAUGUACCUGGAGAACAUCUUCAUGGGGGAAGACAUCCGCAAGCAGCUGCCCAAUGAGUCUGCCUCAUUUGACGGAGUCAACGCCACCUGGAAGACCAUCAUGGACCGGCUGAACAAGAACAACAACGCUCUCCAGGGCACCCACUAUCCAGGCCUCCUGGACACCCUGUUAGAAAUGAACACAGUGCUGGAAGAUAUUCAGAAGUCUCUGGACAUGUACUUAGAGACCAAGCGUCAUCUUUUCCCCCGCUUCUACUUCCUGUCCAAUGACGACCUCCUGGAGAUCCUGGGCCAGGCCCGGAACCCAGAGGCUGUGCAGCCACACCUCAAGAAGUGCUUUGACAACAUCAAAUUGCUGAAGAUGCAAAAGAUGGGGGUGCCCAGCAGUAAAUGGGAAGCUGUGGGAAUGUUCUCAGGUGAUGGCGAGUAUAUUGAUUUCCUUCACUCGGUACUCUUGGAAGGACCCGUGGAGUCCUGGCUUGGCGACGUGGAGCGGACCAUGAGAGUGACCCUGCGGGACCUUCUCCGGAACUGCCGUCUUGCCCUCAAAAAGUUCCUCAGCAAGAGGGACAAGUGGGUGAAGGAUUGGGCUGGCCAGAUGGUGAUCACAGCCAGUCAGAUUCAGUGGACAGCUGAUGUCACCAGGUGCCUACAGACAGCUAAGGAGCGAGGAGAUAAGAAGAUCCUCAAGAUCUUGAAGAAGAAGCACGUAUCAAUACUGAACAAGUAUUCAGAAGCCAUCAAGGGCAACUUAACCAAGAUCAUGCGGCUUAAAAUUGUAGCUCUGGUGACCAUUGAAAUCCACGCCCGAGACGUGUUGGAAAAGCUCUAUAAGAGUGGCCUCAUGGAUGUCAAUUCGUUUGACUGGCUCAGCCAACUUCGCUUUUACUGGGAGAAGGAUCUUGAUGACUGUGUGAUCCGCCAGACCAACACGCAAUUCCAGUACGGUUAUGAGUACCUGGGUAACUCCGGGCGCCUUGUCAUCACCCCUCUGACAGACAGGUGCUACAUGACACUGACCACAGCGUUACACCUGCACCGAGGGGGGUCCCCCAAAGGCCCAGCCGGCACAGGAAAGACGGAGACUGUCAAGGACCUGGGCAAGUCCCUGGGCACAUAUGUCAUUGUGGUCAACUGCUCAGAGGGUCUAGACUAUAAAUCGAUGGGCCGAAUGUACUCUGGCCUGGCUCAGACUGGAGCCUGGGGCUGCUUUGAUGAGUUUAACCGCAUCAACAUUGAAGUACUGUCAGUGGUGGCCCAGCAGAUCCUGUCUAUCCUCUCGGCUUUGGCUGCCAAUCUCACACGCUUCUUCUUUGAGGGCUUUGAAAUCAAUCUGGUGUGGUCCUGUGGGAUCUUCAUUACCAUGAAUCCUGGUUAUGCUGGCCGCACAGAACUUCCUGAUAAUCUUAAAUCCAUGUUCCGUCCAAUUGCCAUGGUGGUGCCAGACUCUAUUCUCAUUGCAGAAAUCAUUCUCUUUGGGGAGGGCUUUGGUAAUUGCAAGAUUCUGGCCAAGAAGGUGUACACGCUGUACUCACUGGCUGUGCAGCAGCUCUCCAGGCAGGACCACUAUGACUUUGGCCUGCGUGCCCUCACCUCCCUGUUGCGCUACGCUGGCAAGAAGCGACGCCUGCAGCCGGAUCUGACCGAUGAAGAGGUUCUGUUGCUCUCAAUGAGGGAUAUGAACAUUGCCAAGCUGACUUCUGUCGACAUGCCACUGUUCAACGCCAUUGUGCAAGAUCUGUUUCCCAGCACCGAGCUGCCUGUCAUUGACUAUGGAAAGCUACGAGAGACCAUUGAGCAGGAGGUUCAAGUUUUGGGCCUGCAGGCCACACCGUUCACGCUCACCAAGGUCAUCCAGCUGUAUGAGACCAAGAACUCCCGCCACUCCACCAUGAUUGUGGGCUGCACCGGCAGCGGCAAGACCACCUCCUGGCGAAUCCUGCAGUUGUCUUUGUCUUCCCUGAGCCGCGCUGGGGAACCCAACUUCAACCUUGUUAAAGAGUAUCCUCUAAACCCCAAGGCGUUGUCACUGGGGGAACUGUAUGGGGAAUAUGACCUCAACACGAAUGAAUGGACAGAUGGCAUCUUGUCCAGUGUCAUGCGGACAGCAUGUGCAGAUGAGAAGCCUGACGAGAAGUGGAUUAUUUUUGAUGGCCCUGUGGACACACUGUGGAUCGAGAGCAUGAACUCAGUCAUGGAUGAUAAUAAGGUGUUGACCCUCAUCAAUGGAGAGCGCAUUGCAAUGCCUGAGCAGGUGUCCCUCCUGUUUGAAGUGGAGAACUUGUCAGUGGCCUCACCAGCCACCGUUUCACGCUGUGGGAUGGUCUACAUGGACUACUCUGACCUGGGCUGGAAGCCCUACGUCAAGUCGUGGCUGGAGAAGAGGCCAAAGGCUGAGGUGGAGCCCCUUCAGCGCAUGUUUGACAAGUUCAUCAACAAGAUACUGGCCUUUAAGAAAGACAACUGCAAUGAGCUGGUGUCACUUCCUGAAUACAGUGGCAUUAUCUCCCUCUGCAAACUGUACUCAGCUCUGGCCACCCCAGAGAAUGGGGUGAACCUAGCUGAUGGUGAAAGCGCUGCCUUCAUGAUUGAGAUGAUGUUUGUGUUCAGCAUGAUCUGGUCGGUGUGUGCCUCUGUGGAUGAGGAGGGCCGCAAGAAGAUUGACAGUUACCUCCGAGAGAUCGAGGGCUCCUUCCCCAAUAAGGACACCGUGUAUGAGUAUUUUGUGGACCCCAAAAUGCGAACUUGGACAUCGUUUGGGGAAAAGCUCCCUAAGAGUUGGCGCUACCCUUCUAACGCGCCCUUCUAUAAAAUCAUGGUGCCCACCGUUGACACGGUUCGCUACAACUACCUUGUAAGCACUUUGGUAUCCAGCCAGAAUCCCAUCCUGCUCAUGGGCCCUGUGGGGACUGGGAAGACAUCCAUCGCCCAGAGUGUCCUGCAGUCCUUGCCCUCCAGCCAGUGGUCGGUGCUCACUGUCAACAUGUCUGCUCAGACCACAUCCAACAACGUGCAGAGCAUCAUCGAGAGCAGGGUGGAGAAGCGAACCAAGAGCGUCUACGUGCCGUUUGGGGGCAAAAGCAUGAUCACCUUCAUGGAUGACCUGAAUAUGCCAGCUAAGGACUUGUUUGGGUCCCAGCCACCCCUGGAGCUGAUUCGCCUCUGGAUUGACUAUGGUUUCUGGUACGAUCGUUCAAAGCAGACCAUCAAGUACAUUCGGGACAUGUUCCUGAUGGCUGCCAUGGGCCCUCCUGGGGGUGGACGGACAGUCAUCUCACCAAGGCUGCAGAGUCGCUUCAACAUCAUCAACAUGACCUUCCCCACAGAGUCCCAGAUCAUCCGAAUAUUUGGCACCAUGAUCAACCAGAAACUUCAGGACUUUGAGGAAGAAGUGAAGCCCAUUGGGAAUGUGGUGACAGAAGCUACUUUAGACUUGUACAAUACAGUGGUCCAGCGCUUCCUGCCCACCCCUGCCAAGAUCCAUUACCUCUUCAACCUUCGAGAUAUCUCCAAGGUGUUCCAGGGCAUGCUGAGAGCCAACAAGGAUUUCCAUGACACCAAGAACAGCCUUACCCGCCUGUGGAUCCAUGAAUGCUUUCGAGUCUUCUCUGAUCGCCUGGUUGAUGCAACAGACAUGGAAGCGUUCCUAGGAAUCAUAAGUGACAAGCUUGGCUCCUUCUUUGACCUCACGUUUCAUAAUCUCUGUCCUAACAAACGUUCUCCCAUCUUUGGGGAUUUCCUGAAGGAGCCCAAGGUGUAUGAAGACCUGACUGAUUUGACAGUGCUGAAGACAGCCAUGGAGAAUGCCCUGAAUGAGUACAACCUGUCCCCUGCCGCCGUGCCCAUGAAGUUGGUGCUCUUCCGAGAGGCUGUUGAACACAUCACUCGAAUAGUUCGGGUAAUUGGACAGCCUCGGGGCAACAUGCUGUUGCUGGGCAUCGGGGGCAGUGGGCGUCAGAGCCUGGCCCGACUGGCUUCAUCUAUCUGCGAGUACAUCACCUUCCAGGUGGAGGUCACCAAACACUAUCGGAAGCAGGAGUUCAGAGAAGAUAUCAAGCGUUUGUAUCGCCAGGCUGGGGUAGAUCUCAAGGCCACGUCCUUCCUCUUUGUGGACACCCAAAUUGCUGAUGAGUCAUUCCUAGAGGACAUUAACAACAUCCUCAGCUCAGGAGAGGUCCCCAACCUCUACAAGAGCGAUGAGUUUGAAGAGAUCCAGACACACAUAAUAGAGCAGGCCCGGGCCGAGCGGGUACCUGAGUCAUCCGAUAGCCUCUUUGCCUACCUCAUCGAGCGCGUGAGAAGCCACCUGCACAUCGUGCUCUGCCUCAGUCCUGUGGGGGACCCUUUCAGGAACUGGAUCCGCCAAUAUCCUGCCUUAGUGAACUGCAUGACCAUCAACUGGUUCUCAGAGUGGCCCUAUGAGGCCCUGCUGGAAGUGGCUGAGAAGUACCUGGUUGGAGUAGACCUGGGAACUCAUGAAAACAUCCACAAGAAGGUGGCCCAGAUCUUUGUAACCAUGCACAGGUCAGUGGCUCAAUAUUCCCAAAAGAUGCUGUUGGAGCUGCGGAGAUACAACUAUGUCACACCCACCAACUACCUGGAGCUUGUGUCAGGAUAUAAGAAGUUGCUGGGGGAGAAGCGGCAAGAGCUGCUGGACCAAGCCAAUAAGCUACGAACAGGGCUGUUUAAGAUUGAUGAAACCAGGGAAAAGGUGGAGGUGAUGUCCUUAGAGCUGGAGGAUGCCAAGAAGAAGGUGGCCGAUUUCCAGAAGCAGUGUGAGGAAUACCUGGUCAUCAUUGUCCAGCAGAAGCGAGAGGCAGACGAGCAGCAGAAGGCAGUGACAGCCAACAGUGAGAAGAUUGCAGUUGAGGAAAUCAAGUGUCAGGCUCUGGCUGACAAUGCCCAGAAGGAUCUAGAAGAGGCCCUGCCAGCCUUAGAAGAGGCCAUGAGGGCCCUGGAGUCUCUGAACAAGAAGGACAUAGGAGAGAUCAAGUCCUAUGGACGGCCACCUGCCCAAGUGGAGAUAGUGAUGCAGGCAGUUAUGAUUCUGCGGGGCAAUGAACCCACAUGGGCCGAGGCCAAGAGACAGCUAGGGGAACAGAACUUCAUUAAGUCCCUGAUACACUUUGAUAAAGACAAUAUCUCAGACAAGGUGCUAAAGAAGAUUGGGGCCUAUUGCGCCCAGCCCGACUUUCAGCCUGAUAUCAUUGGCCGUGUCUCCCUUGCUGCCAAGUCCCUCUGCAUGUGGGUCCGGGCCAUGGAGCUGUACGGCAGACUGUAUCGGGUGGUGGAGCCGAAGCGGGCCCGAUUGAAUGCUGCCUUAGGCCAACUCCAAGAGAAGCAGGCAGCGCUGGCUGAAGCCCAAGAGAAGCUUCGUGAGGUGGCUGAGAAAUUGGAGAUGCUGAAGAAACAGUAUGAUGAGAAGCUGACACAGAAGGAAGAACUUCGCAAGAAGUCUGAGGAGAUGAAAGUGAAGCUGGAGAGAGCUGGGAUGCUGGUGUCUGGGUUAGCUGGUGAGAAGGCCCGGUGGGAAGAGACUGUAAAGGGCUUGGAGGAGGACCUCGGCUACCUGGUGGGCGAUUGUCUCCUAGCUGCUGCCUUCCUGUCCUACAUGGGACCUUUCCUGACCAACUAUCGAGAUGAGAUUGUCAACGACAUUUGGAUGAAGAAGAUCGGAGAGCUGCAGGUUCCUUGCUCGCCUCGCUUCACCUUUGAUAACUUCCUUUCUAACCCUACCAAAGUCCGAGACUGGAACAUCCAGGGAUUGCCCUCGGACGCCUUUUCCACUGAGAAUGGCAUCAUAGUCACCCGGGGCAACAGGUGGGCGCUCAUGAUCGAUCCUCAGGCUCAGGCCCUGAAGUGGAUUAAGAACAUGGAAGGAAACCAGGGCCUCAAGAUCAUUGACCUGCAGAUGAGUGACUACCUUCGAAUCCUAGAAAACGCCAUCCAGUUUGGAUACCCAGUGCUGUUACAGAACGUGCAGGAAUACCUGGACCCCACACUUAACCCCGUGCUCAACAAAUCUGUGGCACAAAUUGGUGGUCGCCUGCUGAUGCGCAUUGGAGACAAGGAAGUGGAAUACAACCCAAACUUUCGUUUCUACAUCACCACCAAGCUCUCCAACCCCCACUAUAGCCCAGAGACCUCAGCCAAGACCACCAUCGUAAACUUUGCUGUCAAAGAGCAGGGCCUGGAGGCACAGCUGUUGGGCAUCGUGGUCCGGAAGGAGAGGCCAGAACUGGAGGAGCAGAAGGACACACUCGUCAUCAACAUCGCCGCUGGCAAGAGGAAACUCCAGGAGUUGGAGGACGAGAUCCUUCGUUUGCUGAAUGAGGCCACAGGCUCCUUGCUGGACGAUGUACAACUGGUGAACACCCUGCAGACCUCCAAGGUCACUGCCACUGAGGUGACAGAGCAGCUGGAGACCAGUGAAACCACGGAGAUCAACAUUGACCUGGCCCGGGAGGCUUACCGUCCAUGUGCCCAGAGGGCAGCGGUGCUGUUCUUCGUGCUCAACGACAUGGGCCGCAUCGACCCCAUGUACCAGUUCUCACUCGAUGCCUACAUCAGCCUCUUUGUCCUUAGCAUUGACAAAAGCCACCGCAGCAACAAGCUGGAGGACCGCAUAGACUACCUGAAUGAGUACCACACCUACGCGGUCUACAGGUAUACCUGCCGUACCCUUUUUGAACGCCACAAGCUACUGUUCAGCUUCCAGAUGUGUGCGAAAAUCCUGGAGACCUCUGGCAAGCUCAACAUGGAUGAAUAUAACUUCUUUCUACGUGGAGGUGUGGUCUUGGACCGGGAGGGCCAAAUGGACAAUCCGUGUACUAACUGGCUUGCAGACGCCUACUGGGAUAACAUCACAGAGCUCGACAAGCUGACCAACUUCCACGGCCUCAUGAACUCCUUUGAGCAGUACCCUCGUGACUGGUACCUGUGGUACACCAGCGCCACCCCGGAGAAGGCUAUGCUGCCAGGAGAGUGGGAGAACACGUGCAACGAGAUGCAGCGGAUGCUCAUCGUUCGCUCCCUGCGCCAGGACCGGGUGGCGUUCUGCGUGACUUCCUUCAUCGUCUCCAACCUCGGCUCCCGCUUUGUUGAGCCACCUGUGCUGAACAUGAAGUUGGUGAUGGAGGAUUCAACCCCUCGGACCCCGCUCAUAUUCAUCCUGUCCCCGGGUGUGGACCCCACCGGCGCGCUGCUCCAGCUGGCCGAGCACACGGGCAUGGCCCAGCGUUUCAAUGCCCUGUCCCUGGGCCAGGGCCAGGCCCCCAUCGCUGCACGGCUCCUCCGAGAGGGUGUGAUUCAGGGACACUGGGUGUUCCUGGCUAACUGCCACCUGUCCUUGUCUUGGAUGCCUAAUCUGGAUAAACUGGUGGAGCAGCUGCAAGUGGAGGAUCCUCACUCUUCCUUCCGCCUCUGGCUCAGCUCCAGCCCCCACCCAGACUUCCCUAUCUCCAUCCUGCAGGCCAGCAUCAAGAUGACCACAGAGCCUCCAAAGGGCAUAAAGGCCAACAUGACGCGUCUUUAUCAGUUGAUGACGGAACAACAGUUCUCCCACUGCACCAAACCUGCCAAAUAUAAGAAGCUGCUGUUUGCACUCUGCUUCUUCCAUUCUGUGUUACUUGAACGCAAGAAAUUCUUGCAGCUUGGCUGGAACAUCAUCUAUGGCUUCAAUGACUCUGACUUUGAGGUGUCAGAGAAUUUGCUGAGCCUCUAUCUGGAUGAGUACGAGGAGACACCCUGGGAUGCACUCAAGUACCUCAUUGCCGGUGUGAACUACGGCGGGCACGUUACUGAUGACUGGGACCGGCGCCUGCUUACAACCUAUAUCAAUGACUAUUUUUGUGACCAGACUCUCUCAACUCCCUUCUAUCGGUUGUCGGUACUGGAGACCUAUGCUAUCCCAAAGGAUGGGAGCCUGGCCUCUUACAAGGAGUACAUCAGCAUGUUGCCAGGCAUGGACCCCCCUGAGGCCUUUGGCCAGCACCCCAAUGCUGAUGUGGCCUCCCAGAUCACCGAGGCUCGGACGCUCUUUGAGACCCUGCUUUCCCUGCAACCCCAGAUCACACCCACCAGGGCUGGAGGCCAGAGCCGGGAAGAGAAAGUCCUUGAGUUAGCCACUGAUGUGAAGCAGAAGAUCCCUGAAAUGAUUGACUAUGAAGGGACCCGAAAAGUCUUGGCUUUAGACCCUUCCCCACUCAACGUGGUCCUUCUGCAGGAGAUUCAGAGAUACAACAAGCUGAUGGAGACCAUCCUGUUCUCCCUGACAGACCUGGAGAAAGGCAUCCAGGGCCUUAUCGUCAUGUCAACUAGCCUGGAAGAGAUAUUCAAUUGCAUCUUUGAUGCUCACGUCCCUCCUCUCUGGGGAAAGGCAUAUCCCUCACAAAAACCACUGGCUGCGUGGACCCGAGAUUUGGCCAUGCGUAUGGAGCAGUUUGAGCUGUGGGCCAGCCGUGCGCGGCCGCCUGUAAUCUUCUGGCUGUCUGGCUUCACCUUUCCUACUGGCUUCCUCACUGCGGUUCUCCAGUCUUCAGCACGUCAAAACAAUAUUUCUGUGGACAGUCUCUCCUGGGAGUUUAUUGUUUCCACCGUGGAUGACAGCAAUCUAGUGUAUCCACCUAAGGAUGGUGUCUGGGUUAGAGGUCUGUACCUGGAGGGGGCUGGAUGGGAUCGGAAGAACUCCUGCUUGGUGGAGGCAGAACCCAUGCAGCUUGUCUGCCUCAUGCCCACGAUCCAUUUCCGUCCUGCCGAAAGCCGCAAAAAGACGGCCAAAGGCAUGUACUCCUGUCCCUGCUAUUAUUAUCCCAACCGAGCUGGCAGCUCAGACCGAUCUUCCUUUGUCAUUGGCGUUGAUCUUAGGUCUGGGGCCAUGACCUCUGAUCACUGGAUCAAGAGAGGCACCGCCUUACUCAUGAGCCUGGACAGCUGA